AUGAACAACACCAAAUCACCAAGUCAAUUUGAGCCGAUUUUGAGACCUAAUGAUACUAAUAUGUCGAGACUGCAGUUGAAUAGCUUACAAAGUUCACCCAAUAGAUCUAAGGAAGAGUUUGGAGGUAUAAAUUAUUCUCCAAACCAUGCCUCGAAGACACAGGCGAGCAACAACUCGAGGAACAUUAACUUCAAAAACUUACUGCUAGAGAUCAGCCCGCAAAAUCUGACGAGAAACCAUUCUUCACCACAUCGAAGCGUUCCUCUCACACUCACAAUCCCUGAUGAAGAGGAUACGAGCAAUCACAACGAUCUGCUUGAUUCUAACCUACCCCUGCCAUAUCAUGAGCUACAAAAUGAUCUGCUACCGAGUAGCAAAAUAAUAAGUCAGAUUCUAAAGAACCCGACAGUAAAUGCUUCAGAUACUAGGGGUAGCUUGUCAUCAUUAAAAAGCCCCUUUUCGUCACUCCCACAUUACGCUAAUAGCAAUAGAUUGAAACAAAAUCUGAGUCUAAGGCCCCAUGACUUGGAUUCAGAUUAUCAAGUUGAUAUGCACGAAAUUCACGACUCGAACGAGGAUGAUCCAAUCAUUGCUAAACAACACGAUCCAUUUAGCUCACCUACCAGUACACAAAAUGGGCAACUGCCAGCCAUUUUAUCUCGAAAAUCGCAAGAGGAGCUACAAGAGAGCACGGCUAUUAAUGCAUACCCGGAUGGCCCUGCAAAUGUUCUCGAUUCAAUAUUAUAUUUAUACUCAGAUCCGAACUUGUCAAACAGUCCAAUUGACAUCAAAGACUAUGACUUGGUCCUCAAUGUUGCCAGAGAAUGUAAGGAUCUUGGAUCAAAUUACAAAGACAACGGAGGGAAGGGAAAGUACGUGCACUUCGCCUGGUCACACACCUCUUCAAUCCUGGAUCAAUUACUUGAUAUCACACAACAGUUGAGCGAAGUCGAUAGACCCGGUAAGAAAGCAUUAAUACAUUGUCAAUGCGGAGUUCUGAGGUCUGCAUGUGUCGUUGUUGCGUAUUUCAUGGUGAAAUUCAAACUCUCAGUCAAUGAAGCCUACGAGUUGUUGAAGACAGGAACAAAGAAUAAGGGCCAACCAAUAAACUAUCUCAUUGGUCAGAAGGGCCACUUUGUUGAGGCUUGUGAAAAGAUUUGUCCCAACAUGAAUCUCAUAUUCGAGCUCAUGGAUUUUGGUGAACAGAUACGAUCCAAGGUGGCGCUUUCAAACUAA